CUGGAUGGGAGCCUCUCCUCUAUGUGACUGCACUGCAUUUCAGCUCCUCCGCUCGGCUUUUUUGAAUGGGUCGCUGCGAUAAGUUGUGUGUUCACAGGCUGUGAUGUUCAUUUGGAAUCAACGAAACUUGUGGAGCCUUUAAUCGUCGACCUCUCUGGUGGCAUCGGUUUGGUCUGUGCGACUUUACAGAGCACAGGGCUGCUGCAGGGGGUCGCCUGGUCUGAGGAUUUGUGUGCGUGUGUGUGUGGUUUUUUUUUUUUUUUUGAAACCGCAGGAUUCAGCGUGUGGACGACGGAGUCAAAGAGGCAUGGAGAGUUCACUGAGGGGCUGGUAACCUGUGAAGAUCAGCAGACAUCCGAGGCUGCAUUUCCCUCAGCAAUAAGGUGUAUCCGCAGCGCCUGCCCACACUGCCUGCCAAGAUGGUGGCGUUGUCGCUGAAAAUCUGCGUUCGCCAAUGCAAUGUUGUGAAAACGAUGCAGUUUGAGCCCUCCACAGCCGUCUACGACGCCUGUAGGAUCAUCAGAGACAGAGUCCCAGAGGCUCAGACCGGACAGGCUUCAGACUACGGUCUGUUUCUGUCUGAUGAAGACCCCAGGAAAGGCAUCUGGCUGGAGUCUGGAAGGACACUUGACUACUACAUGCUCCGCAAUGGGGAUAUCCUUGAAUAUAAGAAGAAGCAGAGGCCCCAGAAAAUCAAAAUGUUGGAUGGGGCCGUUAAAACCAUCAUGGUGGAUGAUUCCAAAACAGUGGGAGAGCUGCUUGUGACUAUAUGCAGUAGAAUAGGUAUCACCAACUAUGAAGAAUACUCUCUGAUCCAGGAGAUAGUAGAGGAGAAGAAGGAGGAUGGGAUGGGUACGCUGAAGAAAGACAGGACGUUGCUGCGAGACGAGAGGAAGAUGGAGAAGCUGAAAGCCAAACUACACACAGAUGAUGACUUGAACUGGCUUGACCACAGCAGAACAUUCAGAGAGCAGGGCGUGGACGAGAACGAGACACUUUUGCUCAGACGCAAGUUCUUCUACUCGGACCAGAAUGUGGACUCCCGGGACCCGGUCCAACUCAAUCUGCUUUACGUUCAGGCUCGAGAUGAUAUCUUAAACGGUUCUCACCCCGUAUCUUUUGACAAGGCCUGUGAAUUUGGAGGCAUUCAGACCCAGAUCCAGUUUGGACCUCACAUAGAGCAUAAACACAAACCUGGAUUCUUAGAUCUGAAGGAGUUUCUACCCAAAGAAUACAUAAAGCAGAGAGGAGCUGAGAAGAAACUCUUCCAGGAACACAAGAACUGUGGAGAAAUGACAGAGAUUGAAGCAAAAGUGAAAUAUGUGAAACUGGCACGGUCUCUGCGGACAUAUGGCGUCUCCUUCUUCCUGGUUAAGGAAAAGAUGAAGAGUAAGAACAAGCUGGUGCCGCGGCUCCUGGGAAUCACCAAAGAGUCUGUGAUGAGAGUGGACGAGAAGACCAAAGAUGUCGUUCAGGAGUGGCCACUUACUACUGUGAAGAGGUGGGCAGCGUCGCCCAAGAGCUUCACCCUGGACUUUGGGGAGUAUCAGGAGAGCUACUACUCUGUGCAGACCACUGAAGGGGAGCAGAUCUCCCAGCUCAUUGCCGGCUACAUCGAUAUCAUCCUCAAAAAGAAGCAAAGCAAGGACCGUUUUGGAUUAGAAGGUGAUGAAGAGUCAACCAUGCUAGAGGAAUCCGUAUCCCCGAAAAAGUCCACCAUCCUUCAGCAGCAGUUUAACCGUGUGGGCCGGGUGGAACACGGCUCAGUGGCGCUGCCAGGUGUGAUCCGCUCCGGCUCUAUUGGCACAGAGUCGCUCAGCAUGGGCACCAUGCCAUCUGCUCAACAACAGAUCACAAUGGGUCAGAUGCACCGUGGACACAUGCCACCACUGAGCUCAGCCCAGCAGGCUCUGAUGGGAACCAUCAACACCAGUAUGCAAGCUGUGCAGAAAGCCCAGAUCGACCUGGGAGAGGUUGACGAUUUGCCACCAUUGGGACAGGACAUGGCAUCCAAGGUGUGGAUCCAGAACAAGAUGGAUGAAUCAAAACAUGAGAUCCACUCCCAGGUUGACGCCAUCACUGCAGGAACAGCCUCUGUGGUCAACCUCACAGCUGGCGAUCCAACUGACACCGACUACACAGCGGUGGGCUGUGCCAUCACCACCAUCUCUUCCAACCUGACUGAAAUGUCAAAGGGCGUGAAACUGCUGGCUGCGCUGAUGGAGGAUGACGUGGGAGGAGGUAACGACCUGAUGAAGGCCGCCAGGACGCUUGCAGGGGCCGUGUCUGACCUGCUGAAGGCCGUGGAGCCGGCCUCUGGAGAGCCCAGACAGACUGUGCUGACAGCAGCAGGCAGCAUCGGCCAGGCCAGUGGAGACCUCCUGCGCCAGAUUGGAGAGAGCGAGACAGAUGAAAGGUUCCAGGACGUCCUGAUGAAUCUGGCCAAAGCAGUGGCCAACGCUGCAGCCAUGUUGGUGCUGAAGGCCAAGAACGUGGCCCAGGUUGCAGAGGACACAGUGCUUCAGAACCGGGUCAUUGCCGCCGCCACCCAGUGUGCCCUGUCCACCUCCCAGCUGGUGGCAUGUGCCAAGGUGGUGAGUCCCACCAUCAGUUCCCCAGUUUGCCAGGAGCAGUUAAUCGAAGCGGGAAAGCUGGUGGAUCGCUCAGUGGAGAGCUGCGUCCAGGCCUGCCUCUCAGCCACCGAAGAUGGCGAGCUCCUUAAACAGGUGAGUGCAGCAGCCAGCGUGGUGAGUCAGGCUCUGGGAGAUCUCCUGCAGCACGUCCGUCAGUACACCUCAAGGGGAGAGCCUAUCGGGCGCUACGACCAGGCCACAGACACCAUCAUGACGGUCACUGAGAGCAUCUUCAGCUCAAUGGGAGACGCAGGAGAGAUGGUCCGACAGGCUCGGGUCUUGGCUCAGGCCACCUCAGACCUGGUGAACGCCAUGAGGUCUGAUGCUGAGGCCGAGGUGGAUGUUGACAAUUCGAAGAAGUUACUUGCGGCUGCUAAACUGCUAGCAGACGCCACAGCGAGGAUGGUAGAGGCAGCAAAGGGGGCUGCAGCAUACCCAGAGAACGAGGACCAGCAGCAGAGACUGAGGGAGGCUGCAGAGGGUCUGCGCGUGGCCACCAACGCUGCUGCUCAGAAUGCCAUUAAGAAGAAACUGAUCAACAGGCUGGAGAAUGCAGCUAAGCAGGCUGCGGCUGCAGCCACACAGACCAUCGCUGCUGCUCAGAAUGCUGCUGCAUCCAACAAGAACACUGCUGCUCACCAGCAGCUGGUGCAGAGCUGUAAGGCGGUGGCAGAUCACAUCCCCCAGCUCGUCCAGGGAGUACGUGGCAGUCAGGCCAAACCGGAGGACCUCAGUGCACAACUCGCCCUCAUCAUUGCCAGUCAGAACUUCCUUCAGCCCGGUAGUAAGAUGGUGACCUCAGCCAAGUCAUCUGUUCCCACGGUGACGGAUCAGGCUGCAGCCAUGCAACUGGGUCAAUGUGCUAAGAACCUGGCUACCUGCCUGGCUGAGCUGAGGACGUCUGCACAGAAGGCUCAUGAAGCUUGCGGUCCCAUGGAGAUCGACUCUGCGCUCACUGCCAUCCAGACCCUGAGGAGUGAGCUGCAGGAUGCCAAGCUGGCUGCUGUUAAUACCCAACUGAAACCUCUACCUGGAGAAUCAUUGGAGAAGUGUGCUCAGGAUCUGGGCAGCACCUCCAAGUCAGUGGGAUCCUCCAUGGCUCAGCUGCUCACUUGUGCCGCACAAGGAAAUGAACACUACACAGGGAUAGCAGCCAGGGAGACGGCUCAGGCCCUGAAAACUCUGGCCCAGGCGGCCCGUGGCGUCGCUGCUUCCACCACAGACCCCAAGGCUGCAGCUGCCAUGCUGGACUCGGCUCGGGAUGUUAUGGAGGGCUCUGCGCUUCUCAUUCAUGAGGCCAAGCAGGCGCUGAUUUCCCCUGGAGACGCUGAGAGCCAGCAGAGGCUGGCACAGGUGGCCAAGGCCGUGUCUCAUUCCCUGAAUAACUGCGUCAACUGUCUGCCUGGCCAGAAGGAUGUGGACAUGGCUCUGAAAAGCAUCGGGGAGGCCAGCAAGAAGCUGCUGAUUGAGACUAUCCCUCCAGCCUCCAAGUCAUUUCAGGAGGCCCAGAGUGAGCUGAACCAAACGGCAGCAGACCUGAAUCAGUCAGCAGGCGAGGUAGUCCACGCCUCCAGAGGCUCCAGCAGCCAGCUGGCAGUGGCCUCUGGAAAUUUCAGUCAAGACUUCGAUGAGUUCCUGGAUGCUGGUAUCGAGAUGGCUGGCCACACUCAGAAAAAGGAUGACCAGGUGCAGGUGAUCGGGAACCUGAAGAACAUCUCCAUGGCUUCCAGCAAGCUGCUGCUGGCUGCUAAGAGUCUGUCUGUAGACCCUGCAGCAGCAAAUGCCAAGAACCUGCUAGCUGCUGCUGCAAGAGCAGUGACUGACAGCAUAAACCAGCUGAUCACGCUGUGUACACAGCAGGCUCCUGGACAGAAGGAGUGUGACAACGCUCUCAGGGAGUUGGAGGCUGUCAGAGGAAUGCUGGACAACCCCAAUGAGCCAAUCAGUGACCUCUCCUACUUUGACUGCAUUGAGAGUGUGAUGGAGAACUCCAAGGUCCUUGGAGAGUCCAUGGCAGGUAUUUCUCAGAACUGCAAGACCGGAGAUGUGCCUGCAUUCGGAGACUGUGUGGGAUCAGCCUCGAAGGCCUUGUGCGGCCUCACUGAAGCUGCAGGACAGGCCUCCUACUUGGUGGGUGUUUCUGACCCCAACAGUCAGGCAGGGCACCAGGGUUUGGUGGAUCCCAUCCAGUUUGCCAAAGCCAACCAGGCAAUCCAGAUGGCCUGUCAGAAUCUUGUGGACCCAGACAGCAGUCCCUCCCAGGUGCUCUCUGCAGCCACCAUUGUUGCUAAGCACACCUCAGCACUGUGCAACGCCUGCCGUCUGGCUUCCUCCAAAACAACCAACCCAGUUGCCAAGAGGCACUUUGUCCAGUCUGCCAAAGAGGUGGCAAACAGCACCGCCAACUUGGUCAAAACCAUCAAGGCUUUGGAUGGAGAUUUCUCGGACGAGAACAGGAACAGGUGUCGAGUCGCCACAGCUCCGCUAAUCGAGGCUGUGGAAAACCUGACAACAUUUGCUUCCAACCCAGAGUUUGCCAGCAUCCCCGCUCAAAUCAGCAGCGAGGGCUCUGCAGCACAGGAGCCCAUCCUCCAGUCAGCAUGCUCCAUGCUUGACAGCUCCACCCACCUGCUCAAGACUGCACGCUCAUUGGUUAUCAACCCCAAAGACCCGCCCACCUGGUCUGUUCUGGCCGGUCACUCUCGUACCGUCUCCGACUCCAUCAAGAGUCUCAUCACAGCCAUCCGGGACAAGGCCCCAGGCCAGCGGGAGUGCGACUUCUCAAUUGAUAACAUCAACAAAUGUAUCCGGGACAUUGAGCAGGCCUCUCUGGCAGCAGUCAGCCAGAACCUACCCAGCAGGGAUGACAUCUCACUGGAAGCGCUACAAGAGCAGCUGACGUCCACUGUGCAGGAAAUUGGCCACCUAAUUGACCCCAUUUCCACCGCUGCCAGAGGCGAAGCUUCCCAACUAGGACACAAGGUGACCCAACUGGCUGGUUACUUUGAACCACUGAUCAAGGCCUCCGUGGGUGUGGCUUCCAAGCUGAACGACCAUCAGCAGCAGAUGACGUUCCUGGACCAAACUAAGACCCUGGCUGAGUCUGCCCUGCAGAUGCUUUAUGCCGCCAAGGAGGGUGGAGGAAACCCAAAGGCAUCCCAUACCCACGAUGCCAUAGCAGAGGCAGCCCAGCUCAUGAAGGAGGCGGUUGAUGAUAUCAUGAUGACGCUGAAUGAGGCUGCCAGUGAAGUGGGAAUGGUGGGAGGAAUGGUGGAGUCCAUUGCAGAUGCUAUGGCCAAGCUGGAUGAAGGUACACCGCCUGAACCUGAGGGCUCGUUUGUGGAUUACCAGACCAGUAUGGUGAAGUACUCUAAGGGUAUUGCGGUCACUGCUCAGGAAAUGAUGACAAAAUCGGUGACGUGUCCAGACGAGCUGGGAGGGCUGGCCUCUCAGGUGACUGUGGACUACAGCCAGCUGGCUGUUCAGGGUCGACUGGCUGCUCACACAGCUGAGCCAGAGGAGAUCGGUUUCCAGAUCAAGACUCGAGUGCAGGAGCUCGGGCACGGCUGCAUCUUCCUGGUCCAGAAGGCUGGAGCUCUGCAGAUCACCCCCUCUGACGGCUUCACCAAACGAGAGCUCAUUGAAUGUGCCCGUGCAGUCACAGAGAAGGUGUCCUUGGUGCUCUCAGCCCUCCAGGCGGGCAACAAGGGCACACAGGCUUGCAUCACAGCUGCCAGCGCAGUGUCUGGCAUCAUCGCCGAUCUGGACACCACCAUCAUGUUUGCCUCUGCCGGCACACUCAACGCAGAGAAUGAUGAGUCCUUCGCUGACCACAGGGAAAACAUUUUGAAGACGGCCAAAGCUCUGGUCGAGGACACAAAGAUGCUGGUGUCCGGUGCAGCUUCCGGUCAGGACAAGUUGGCGCAGGCCGCCCAGUCUUCUGCCAAAACCAUUACCCAGCUCACAGAUGUGGUCAAACUGGGAGCUGCCAGCAUUGGCUCGGACGACCCUGAGACGCAGGUGGUUCUGAUAAAUGCUGUCAAAGAUGUGGCCAAGGCGCUGGCUGAGCUCAUUAGUGCCACCAAGUGCGCCGCUGGCAAAGCAGCAGAUGAUCCAUCUAUGUACCAGCUGAAGAGCGCUGCCAAGGUGAUGGUGACCAACGUGACGUCCCUGCUGAAGACGGUCAAGGCGGUGGAGGACGAGGCCACUCGGGGCACUAGAGCCCUGGAGGCCACGAUCGAGUGCAUCAAACAGGAAAUGGCGCUGUUUCAGUCCAAGGAUGCUCCCAACAAGACGACCACACCUGAGGAAUUCAUUCGCAUGACUAAGGGCAUCACCAUGGCAACAGCUAAAGCAGUGGCUGCGGGGAACUCUGCCCGGCAGGAGGACAUCAUCCAUACGGCCAACCUCAGCCGCAAAGCCAUUUCAGACAUGCUCAACACCUGCAAGCAAGCAGCCUACCAUCCUGAGGUCAAUGAGGAGGUGAAAAACAGAGCACUGAUGUACGGAUCAGAGUGUACAACUGGAUACAUCGAUCUGCUGGAACAAGUUCUACUGGUCCUGCAGAGGCCCACUGGAGAGCAGAAGCAGCAGCUGGCGGCUUGCUCCAAACGGGUGGCAGGAGCCGUCACAGAGCUCAUCCAAACCGCUGAGGCCAUGAAAGGUUCAGAGUGGGUGGACCCCGAGGACCCGACGGUGAUUGCAGAAACGGAGCUGCUCGGAGCGGCGGCAUCCAUCGAAGCAGCAGCUAAGAAGCUGGAGCAGCUCAAACCCCGAGCCAAGCCCAAGCAAGCAGAUGAGACGCUGAACUUUGAGGAGCAGAUCCUGGAGGCAGCCAAGUCCAUCGCUGCAGCCACCAGUGCUUUGGUCAAAUCAGCCUCAGCUGCCCAGAGAGAGCUGGUGGCUCAGGGCAAAGUGGGCUCCAUCCCUGCUAAUGCUGUGGACGAUGGGCAGUGGUCCCAGGGACUCAUCUCUGCUGCACGUAUGGUAGCAGCAGCGACCAGCAACCUUUGCGAGGCAGCCAACGCCUCAGUUCAGGGCCACGCCAGCGAAGAGAAGCUCAUCUCUUCAGCCAAACAGGUGGCGGCCUCCACUGCCCAGCUGCUGGUGGCCUGUAAGGUGAAGGCAGACCAGGACUCAGAGGCCAUGAGGAGACUUCAGAUUGCUGGGAAUGCUGUGAAGAAGGCAUCAGACAACUUGGUGCGGGCAGCCCAGAAGGCAGCAUUUGACAAAUCAGAUGAAGACAAUGUGGUGGUCAAGACAAAGUUUGUGGGUGGAAUCGCACAGAUUAUCGCAGCCCAGGAGGAGAUGCUGAGGAAGGAGAGAGAGCUGGAAGAAGCCAGGAAGAAGCUGGCUCAGAUCAGGCAGCAGCAGUACAAGUUCCUGCCCAGCGAACUGCGAGAGGACAACAACUAACUAUUCAAACUCACCGUCACUGCUGCACACUCUUGAAGCAGUGUGAAGAGCACAUAUGUGUUUGUGUGCAGAUUUGCGUCCUUUUUCAUGGCACGCUUGAACAGGUAUGUGGCCUACAGCGACUUCAGAUAUGUUGUGACUGAUUUUAACAAACCAGUGAAGCCCAGGUCUGCAGUGAACACCGUUGACGGAGUCCACAUCACACGGGGAAGAUCUUAAAGUCAGCAACUAGCAAGUUUGAAAUACUACUGUGUGGAACUGACUACUUUCUGAAAGCAACAUAAAGAUUGUGGUGAUUUAGCCUGAAGAACUGCUUUUUUUGUCCUCAUGUAUAGCAUAACUACUUUGACUGAUGUAACCUGAACCAGAAUGUGACAUGCUGAGGACGGUACAGCUCAUACACUCUCAUGUUCGUCCAUAAGCUACAGUUUCUGUAUUUUGUUUUACAAUUUUCAGCUCUAGUUCAUAAACUUUUAAGAUGAAGAAUUGAUUGUAUUGCCGUUAAUUUCAUAUAGCAGCCGUUUAACUGCAACAUCACUCAGAGAGCAAGGAGAUUUCAGCUCGGUACUCUGAUAUUGUAUGAAUGUUGGCCUUUAUGCUCCAAUUUGGCACCUUAAUAUCUGUUUAAACCAUGUAAAUCACAUGACUGUGGUCCGUCUAGACUUUAACUAAGUGGUCAUUAACCCUAAUAUGAAGGAAGGAAGGAUUUAGCAUAUUGGUGUUUUCUGGACCAUACUGUAAAUUUCAAUACUGGAGAGUUGUUUUUGGGAAUCGUCCGUUAAUGUGGACAGCGAUAUAAGCAUCUCAUCUUUCUUACUUGUCAUUUUAUGCCGAUAUUGAUGGGGUCUACAUGCACAAUGUCUUUUUUUUUUUCUUUUUUUUUUAAAGAUGCAACAAAUUCUACAUGUUUUGUCUACGCCCGUGAAUAUACAGUCGAUGUCAUCGUGUGCAGCCAAAUUACGUUACCAUGUGAAUGCUUCUCCACAGGGGAAGACACACACCUGGAAGCCACCGUAGGCUCCCAGGUAUGUGUCUUCCAGUCAGAUAUAUCUUCCCAAAUCCCAAAUCUUUUUUUAAAAUUCCGUAUCAUGUCAGGUAGUGAGACAAACAGUAUAACCACAAUUUGAUCAUGAUGCAAUAAUGUGGUUGGUGCUUAAGGGGGCAGUAUUGGUUUCCCUUACACCUUGCAAACUCAAAGUAAUAAUGUAGGAGAGUAUAUUGUAUAAUUGAGUGCUUAUUUUAUUUUUAAGGAUGGAGUAUGUGUUUAGAAUAAUUGGCUACAACAUCAUGCAAAUUAAGAAUACCUGUAAAUACCUCAGACCUCUUGAAUCAGUUGAAUGCCAUGCAGUGCCGCUUCUAUGCGCUGUGUGCUUCGUCUGAUGGUGACUGCUCCCAGCAGAUACACACUUUGGCCCCUCCAUUGAUUAUUUUCUCUCCCGUUGUUACAAAGUGAUUACAGACUCCUAUAAUUUUUUCCAGCAAUACUCAAUCACUGCCAGGGAUUGAUUAGAGUCAGUUCACCUCCAAUUCCUUAAAUUCAGGAUGCAUCUGAAAAUACCUUAGCAAUAAGCUAAUUCUAACAAAUACAGUCUUGUGAGAAUUGAGGUUAAAAUAAGUGAAUUGAAAGUGAAGUGACUGCAACACUGAUCACUGCAGUUCAAUCUUUCUCCUCUCUUUUCUGUCCGUCAGUCUCUGAAUUGAAGGGUGCUCUGUGUGUUACUGAAUAUACUACUUAUACUUGCUGCAAUAGACGAACCUUUUUGUUUAAUGAGUUUGAUUGUAGUGCGUUUGGUUCCCUUGUCUUACUAUACUAUACGGGCUGUGUUUCAUUAUUAAAAAGGACAGUAUAUUGUAAGAUUAGGUCCUUCUGUGAAAAUGCAUGGCUUCGCGCUUCACUUUCAUCUCUUUGUUUAUACAGCGACGAGAGUCAAACUUUUAAGGAUGCAAUGAGUGAUUCUGACCUCCACAGACAGACAGUAUACCAUAGCAAACAGCUAAAGACAGACUGAAUUCACAAGUGUUUUCUGGCAUUGUAUUUUACGUGUGAGUGGGUUGGGGUGGGGUCCACUGCUCAUCAGUCAAGUCUGUAGUGUUUAUUAUUAGUGCCUUAGUCCGUAGCCCAUACAGUGUCUGGUCUGCCUGAGUGACAGCUUCACCUCAUCAGUCAGUAGAAGGUACUGGAGAAGCAAUUUGUUCGGGAAUGUAGGUUCAUGUCCGUGGGUUUUCUAACUUUUGUUGUCCCACUUGUCAACGUAGCUUUCCUCUUUAAGCGCUGAACCAACUGCAGCCCCCUUUAUUUUUCUCUUUUCCUCUCUCUUGCCACAUGUAAGGCCUUUGGGGGGGGAACUGUCCGCCAGUCAUAAAAUGUGUUGCCGUUUAAAAUGUACCAUGAGUAUGUAUAUUAUAUAUAUGAACACAUUUUUGUACUGCAUUCCAUGGGCAUCUACCACAGUACUUCUAAACUACGACAGAUUCAGGUCUGUCACCUGCUUUAUUGUAUGUUAUGAAGUCACUACAAUUUUAUGGGUGGGCUUAUUUUUUCUCAUGCUUUUAAGCCUCUGUGAAAGAUAAAUGUGAUAAGAACAUUUCGAUAUAUCUGUCACCAUUAAGAUGUCGUGAUGCAUUUCAAUGAUGUGGAGUAUUUGAAGUGUUCUGUAUGUUUUGUUUUUUUUCUCCCUUAACAGAAAUAAAAUUAUGAAGUUACUACAGUAAAGAUGAGCGAUAACAUACAAUAUAAAAGAUAUUUAUCUGGCCUCAAUAAAAUUAUUUUUUGUAUUCACUGAAAAUAAAGCAUUUCGAUGGA